AUGGGAACCAUCAAUAAUGCUCAGGUGUCCAAGUUGUUCAAAGAUCUGAUAGACGCGUCGCCCGAGCUGCAACUCAGAAUCGAGCUCAUUCACGAUGGGCUCCUCCUUCACCAUCGCGGCUCGCCUACUCCAUUACCGGCUAAUGUCCUCCUGAAUCACGUUCUCGCGCGUCGACGCGCAUGGGAGAACCUGGACCCUCGAUGGAUAUGGGACGAGGACUGCCCGGACACGGAAAGCGCACAAUUUGAAAUCUGCGAUGGAAUAUGGGCGCAUAGCUCUAAUCAUAUUGGGGAUGGCUCGUUUAUCGGGCUAAAGUACCGCGAACUCGCUCCUCCUCCAUCCCAGUCCCAGGAUGUCACUCCUGAUGAUAUGAACAUGCCAUGGGAACACACUAUUGACCAUUUGGGUAUGAAUGCCACCGAUUUCUCAUUCAACGCAUACCAUGACGCGCAAAUUUUGAUGGAAUCCCUUUACGACAACGAUUGGAACGGGGACUUGAGAACGUCUGCUGCUAUGGUCAUCGACUGGAAGCUCUCAAAGGCGGUAUUGGAGUUCAAGCCAUUCACACCCGUCACAGACGCGGCUUUCGUAUCGAGUCACAGGAUUCUAUUGCUACAUCUGGGUGAUGGCCAGCAUGGGCCCUACGUGGAUCUUCACACUCUUGCCCCAGAUUCCGCGAAUCGCACCAUACUAUGUCGCUUUCAUUUUCCUUCUUCACUACAGGCCUUUAACGGGUGGUUUUUCACUCAUCCUGGGUCACGCUUCGGGGAAGACCAGUACUCCAACGCCCUCUUUGGAGCGACUCGACAGAAUGGACGAGACGAGGAAGGUUGGAAGGUACCCGUACACAACCACAGUCCUGUCACUCAAGCCAAGCUCUUUAUAACCGACCCCAGAGUGGAGAUUGUUGGCUGCAUGCUAUCUGGAGGAGACGAAGACGAAGAAAUAUUCCUGGCCCUCUCGGUUGGACGAAUGGUUAAACUAUAUAACGCACGGGCGCGGCCGGAAGACGACUCGAUGGGAAAAGAUGAAGAAGAGACUGAUCGAAAGAUAGAUGACCUGAAACAGGAUACUGGGUGCCAACCUACAGAUUUAGGGUCGCAAGAAGACAGCAAAGCAACACCCGAAAGCCAAGGGACACAUGCGGAUGAUGAUAUUAGCCAGAGCGAACCGUGCUCUCAAUCCGUGAUUCCAGAAUGCUCCUUAUCGUUUCUAUGGGAUGAAUGGGGCCCCGAUUCUUCGCGUUGCUUGCCCUCGCGUAGAAUCUUCAACGCGGGUUUUCGAGGAGUCAAUCUGGCGGUGCUCGACUUUAACCCUCUCCCAAUUCGACGAGCCGAAGCGAAGAAGUGGAUGAAGCUAGCGAUCUCGCACCCGCAAGAAAAGGCAGGAAACAUAGAAGCCGACACAAGUAGUACCACGAGUCGGGACACUGGAUGGGUGGAAGGCGAUACAAACAUCAGCGGAGAAGACGCUGUUGGACCCGUCACAAAACCCGGGAUGAACAGUAAUCAGACCAUCCAGGAACCCAACAUAGUCAUCACCGAUCGACUUGUGGUCAGGACCGUAACCGCACCAACGGUAACUCACCUCCCCGGGUGGAGCACAGACAUUGAGACGCGAUUGCCCUACCGUAUUUUUACGCUGCGGUGGGACUUUGAUUUAAAUAUCGUGGGCAUGAAUGAUACGACGAUUAUCUGCAGAGGGGACUCAUCUUAUCAAUUUUUCUCGUUUCUUCCGCAUUUUGACGAGCCAGAGGAGACAGUACCCCUGUUAGGGACAAGGCCGACAUUUCUUUUCCCGCUAGACUUGGUGAACCUGCAAGGGUUUACCGGGAGUAAUAAUGAAGAAUUGGAGAAUGAUUGGGGUGAGGAUGCGCAUGAACAGACCGCGCAGUUCGCAGCGACUCUCAUUGGAGGUCAGCUCGUUGACGUAAAUGUUGAAAGUAUUGGACUGGAACUGCUCGACAUGGAUCCUCUGCAGGAUCCUGCCCAGGCACAUGCGAACAGCAGCAACCAUUAG